UUACCUUUCCUUUUUUCUAAGCUCUGUGUACUUCUCUUUGUAAAACAGGUAGCCAGCUAUGGAAAAGUGGAGUCAAACUUCAGGCAGGAUUCACAGGGGCAGUUUGCAGUCCUGCCCUUGUUGAAACUGGAUGGGAGGUAGGCACCAAGCUGCUUGCCUUCCCUGAGAAAUUCUAGCUGUGUUUCUAAGUUCAGCAUGAUAUAAAGGAUCAUCUGCUUUUCUUACCAUUUCUUCCCAUCUUGCCUGAGGCCGCUCAGACACAAGCCCUUCUUCACAACAACAACUGUACAUGAGAAAGGAUUAUGAAGAUUUUACCUAAGGAACGUAUUUGCAGAAUUUCAUGUGCUGCUUUCUGAAUCAACUGCUACUGGCCUCUGUUGGAAGGGGGAUAAGAUGCAUAGGGAGCAUUGCAAACCACACCUCCUAGCUUGUACCUGCUCUGAUUAUCUGUAGUAGCAGGGCUAUUUCUUCACUGGAUUUUGCUGUGGAAUACUGCUGGUCCCAAGGAAGGGGAAUGAUACCAUCCUGCUUCUCGAGAUGCUGAGUAGCAAGGGAAAGGUUCUCUUCCUGGUCCUGUCUCAAACAUGCAGCCCAGAAAAGACCGCAGUGCUGAGAUCACUGUGCCCAGUUCUCAGGAGACUAGAGAUGAAUUUGCUGGGAUGAGAGAAGCAUGACUGACCUCUGUGCAUCCUCCUGCACCUCCAGCCCUCUGUAUAAGUCUGUGUCAAGUGCUGCGGAGAACUUGCUGGCUCAGCUGGAGAAGAAAUCAUUGUCUAUCACAUGUAUGAAAUGCUCAUUGUGAGUGGGGUGCCUGUGGGCAGCUUUGCCGAAGAGCAGAGUUUUCCCCUUGGAAUGGGGACUUAACAGUCUGAUGUUCUGGUGUGGUAUUUUAACACUGUGUGUGUGUGUGUGUGUGUUAUGGGGGAACUGUUUGAGGAAAAACAGAAGAGAAGAUGUGUGCAUGUCGUAAGUGGAAGAGAAAUUGAGGAAAAGCUUUGUUCUGGCAUUUCACAGACACAGCUGGAAUCAUAGGACUUAGAGGGAGGUCUGAGUUGAGUAUGGCACCCAAGUUAUGGGCCUAGUGGAAGGGAUAGUUGUGGGGAGCAGACUGACCUUUGUCUGUUAGUGUUCUGAGUCCAGUUCAUGCUACUGUCCUUUUUGAAGAUGCAGCAAAUGCUAUGGACCUUUUGGCAAAAGACUCCACGUUUUAUGACCGUGGUUCCUGCUGAUGAGAAAGGAGCCUCUAUUCAUACUGAAGAAUAGCUAGGCUGAAGCCCAGCUCUAUAUCUCCAUCCGUAGCUGGUAGCAGAUAUCCUCUUCUCAUACUCUUCCCAAGAGUAAAUGCAUACCAAUAGUUCUCUAGUAUACUUUUCUGGCUGUUUGUGGCUCGGAGACUUUAUGAGCCAAAAAGAGACGCUUUGUGUUUAGUAGCCAUUUAUAGACAAACUCAAGGAAGGAAAAAUCAGUCACUUCUCCACCCCGUGAAUGCCUGUGACAUCCACAGCAUCCUGCAUCAAGGAGUUCCACGCUUCAGUGACAUGUGAAGAAGUGCUUCCUUGUGUUCGAUGUGCAACUGCCACCCCCCAGUUUCAUCGGAUGUUCCUAAAUUCUUGUCUUUAAAGAAGACAGUAACUUGGAACAAUUGUUUACCAUAUCUGCCAUUUGGGAAUUAGCUACAUGCACAACUCAAGAGCAACUUAAAGCUUUGUGUACCCAUUAGAACCUUUUAUCCACUUAAUGUUAUUUUGCAUAAUAUUUUUUUGCCCUUGAAGUACUUCAAGGACACUAACAGAGUGUGUCUAGCUCUUACACCAGCACGGGAAUGAGGGGUGCCUCCCUCUGGUGUGAAUUUUCUCUGCAGGACCCCAGGUGUGGCCGAGGUAAUACAUUCCUGAGGGCUGGAAAGGAGCCAGGUUCACCAGUGCCUCUGGUGCUGUCAGGAUGUGAAAGGAAUCUCAACAACAGUAAUUCUGCUGACAUGUCCUUGCUGAGCUGCGGUGGCCAAGGUGUUGGUGCUUCCUGUUGUAUUGUUGGAUCAGAAAGCUCGGAAAGCAUCGCUCUUCCGUUUGCCACUGCCCUGGGGGGAAAGGCUUUGAGAAGAUGGAGAACCAGAGGGGAGCACUCUUGGGAUACGGCCGCUGGGAAGGAGAAGAGGAGGGGGACGAGGAGGAUGGGGUGGUUCCUGGUGCUUCUCCUUCCAGCCAAAUGAGUGAAUUGGAAGAUGUGCAGGUGGAGAUGCUCAAGAAGGCAAGGGAGCUCUUCCGGCUGUGUGACAAGGAUGAGAAGGGCUUUAUCACCAAGGUGGACAUGCAGCGGCUCCAGAACGAACUCCCCCUUACGCCUGAGCAGCUGGAGACUGUUUUUGACAGCUUGGAACAGAACAAUAAUGGAUACCUGACGCCUGUGGAGUUCAGCAUGGGACUAGAGAAGUUAAUAGGGAUUGAAUUGUGUCAAGGAACUGGGAGCACAGAUCACUCCAGACAUGAGGAGACCUUUGAGUCAGGCUGGUCAGAUGACAUGGACCCGGCAGAUGAUGAAGAAGAGAAACGUUUCUGUUCCGUGAUGGAGCAGCUUGGAGCAGCCCAAGUGUUUGACGAUCCAAGCGAGGUUCGGGAGCUCUGGGUCCGGCUACGAAAGGAGCGUCCAGAGCUCUUGUCCAAUUUUGAGGAGUUUCUGUUGCGUGUUUCAUCGUACAUCAGGGAGGCACAUCAUGAGAAGGAGUCUAUGGAGCAGGCCUUGAAGCGGAAGGAGACAGACCAUGACCGAGAAGUCAGGUGCCUUUAUGAAGAAAUGGAGCAACAGAUCAAAGCAGAAAGGGAGAGGCUGAUCUGCCAGGAAGCACUGAGACAUGACAGGAGUAAUCUGCUUCAGAAGGAACUGCAUAGCAAAGAGCAGGAGCUAGAGAAAAUCCUCUACCGCCAGAAGAAGCUAGAGCAUCAGCUACAGUCUCUGAACUCAGAGCAGCUAGAGACCCGGGUGCAGAAUGAAAGGCUCCGGCACCUGAAUGAAAACCUCCUGGAAGAGCUGGAGAAGAGCAAAGGGGAGCUGGAAGUGGCGAAGGGGCAAUUACAGAAGCUCCAGAAAGAGGCCCAGCUUGAACAGGAGCAGAAGGACAGGGAUGUGUUCAGAGUCUCCAAGAACAUGCAGAAAGAGAAGCAGAGCCUCCUUCGGCAGCUAGAGCUCCUCAGAGAGAUGAACAAGAAACUUCGAGAUGAGCGAGACACUUUUGAAGCCAAGAAGCUGGCGCCUCAGAGCAAAAAGCCCCUGUUGAAGAAAGGGUCAGUGCUAGGCAGUUACCUGCUGGACGACAAGCCGGUCAAACGACAACUGGCUUCUGCGGACCUUGCCUUCACCUUUCCUGUGGAUGUGGCAAUGGAGGAACCCAACAGGAAGAACUGUAAAUACUUCCCAGGCAAUGGGACAGGGUUGAAGUUGGGAAAAGGCAGCGGCACAAACUUUGGAGAGAAGAGUAGAGAUGAGGCGAGGUGGUCAGCAGCAGCAGAUACUGAGAUGCUGAAGAUGACUUUGAAGGGUGAUGCUGACUGUAGAAAAACAGCAGAUGGAUCGGAUGAUGUUCCAUUGCCUCCUAGAGGACAGCCCAUUGGCACGGAAACCAGGCUCCAGGCACUGGAAACAGCCAGCUGUUCCCCAGAUUGCAUGUUUAAGGUGGUGUUUGUGGGCAACUCUGGCGUUGGGAAGAGUUCCUUCAUCCACCGCUUUUGCUAUGACAGGUUCUUGGCAGACCUCAACGCAACUAUUGGUGUCGAUUACCAGGUGAAGAGUCUGAUGGUGGAUAACACCCAGGUUGCCUUACAGCUGUGGGAUACAGCUGGACAAGAGAGGUUCCGGAGCAUUACCAAGCAGUAUUUCCGGAAGGCGGAUGGUAUCCUGGUGAUGUACGACGUUACGGCCGAAUGCUCCUUCACGGCAGUGCGGAAUUGGAUGAGCAGCAUCCAGGAAGGUAUCGAGGAUGGAGCUGUGAUCUUUCUACUUGGAAAUAAAACGGAUGCUGUGCUGAGAGGGGCCCGGAGUGUGCCCGAGGUGGAGGGCGAAAGGCUGGCAAAGGAAUACAAGGCUGUCUUCUACGAGUGCAGCGUGAUGACUGGCUAUAACAUCGUGGAGCCCAUGCUGCACAUGGCCAGGUUGCUGACAGCACAGGAAGACAGGCAGAGAGAGACUGCCCUGCAGCUGGAAGAUGUCAGCAGGAGGAAAGGGUGCUGCACCUGAGGCACAUCAGUAAGUCAGCGAGAGACUCAUGCCAACUCUGGUGCGUGAAGGUGGGGCUCCUUUUCAGCAAGCUGAAUCUGAUGGUAUCAGCUCUGCAGAGACUUGGGGAAGGUGCAAGUUUUCCCCAGCUGGAAAUAUGAAGGGACUAAAUCAGGACAAAAUGUACAUAUUGUCUGCGCUGUUCCAUUUCCCACUGUUGCACAGAGCCCUGAUCUCUGGGAGGCCUCUGCUUCUUUGAAGGAACUCUGCUGGUAUUGGUUAAUGGCACAAAUUGGGACUUCUUUCUGUAGUGGUUGCUUCUCUAUAAAAUGAUGAAGUCUUGUUCCUUUUCUGUCUGGCGAAGAUGUGGCCUAGCAGCAGAGAGCGGAGGACAUCAUGGGCUUUGUUUUAAUUAGAUGAUGUUAUUGUUCAAUUGUGUAAGAAAUAAAGAGAUUAUUUUAAAUUAAGGCUUACUCUAGGUAGUGACCUAUCUCUCUGCAAGAGCAGCAUCUCCUCUUGGC